AUGACUACGCCACUGUGCGAACAAUACACGAAAGAAAUGAUGAACAAAUUCAAGCUACGUCGUUUAUCAAAUCACAGAGUUUAUGCAUUAGAAAAUGAGCUUCUAUUGGACGUUUGGUCGUACGCAGCUCCGUCCAUUCCGGGAUUGGUACUCGUUCCCGGACCGAUAAGAGAACGCUUCGAGGCUGAAGUUGCAGCAAUCGGAGUGCAGUAUGAACUUCAGGUUGAAAAUGUUAAAGAGAUAGUGGAAUUGGAAGAAAAACUCUUGACGAUUGCGGCAUUCCGUAGUAGCAACAGGCCCGGCCGUCUUUCCUUUGACAAGAUCCACCGCUACACAGAGGUUAACGCUUAUCUCGACGACUUGGCUGAGAAAUACGAUACCGUAACUGUGGUAUCUGCUGGCAGGAGUUUCGAAGGUCGUGAUAUAAGAUACUUAAAGAUUUCCACCACCAACUUCCAGGAUACUAAUAAGCCAGUUAUUAUGUUACAAUCCCUGCUCCACGCACGUGAAUGGGUGACAUUACCAGUGACUUUAUACGCCAUCGAGAAACUAGUUAUUGAUAUUACGGAUAGGGAUUUAGUCGACAACAUUGACUGGAUAAUUUUACCUAUCGUCAACCCCGACGGAUAUGAAUUCAGCCACGAACAUAUCCGUUUCUGGAGGAAAACCCGUUCAACUGGCCACACCAUUACUAACUUAUGCGUCGGUGUUGACCUUAACCGCAACUUUGGCUACAAUUUCGGCUUAUGGUCUAGUGAUAUCGCCUGUUCAGAAGCCUACCAUGGCAAAGGUCCUUUCUCGGAACCCGAGAGUCAGGCCGUUCGCAACAUUGUCUUGGAGCACAUAAGCCGUAUGGAGCUAUUUCUUGAUAUCCACAGCUACGGUAGCAUUAUUCUCUAUGGCUAUGGCGAUGGCAUCCUUCCACCGAAUGGUUUGACUAUAAAUUUAGUCGGUGUAAGAAUGGCUCAAGCUAUCGAUGCUGUGAAAUGGCCUUCAAAACCGAAUUACCGUGUUGGUAACAUAGGUCUGACAUUUGCGAAUGUGUCAGGAACAGCAAUGGAUUACGUUCAAGGGAUCGGUGUACCACUUUCGUAUAUCCACGAAAUGCCAGCACAUAAUAAUGAAAAUAAUAGUCUUACCGGUACUCUAGUAGAUCCAGAAUACAUCGAACAAGCUGGCUAUGAAACUUGGGAAGGUAUUAAGGUUGGUGCUAGAUGGGUUCUUCAAAAUGCCAGGAGAAGAAAGCAUUAA